AUGCACCAAUUAAUGACGCCCCUGACCCUCCGGGCCCUGCGGACCCUCGUUCACCGUCCAGCAACAACAUCAACCCCCCUCCGCACCCUGACGACGUCCACCCUAACCCGCCAAACCCCGACUCCAAGCCGCUUCACCUUCAAGCCCGUCUUCCGCACGCAAACCCCAUUCACCCUCUCCGCCCUGUCCCGGCAAUUCUCCAGUUCCCCCAUAAUUCGCGCAACCUACAACCAAGUUCGACGCGGCUGCCGCCAGGGCCAGCGCGCGCGGCGUGGCCGGUCUCCAGCGCUGAAGGACCACCCGUCGCUGAAGGGCGUGUGUCUCAAGACCGGUAUCACAAAGCCCAAGAAGCCUAACUCUGGCGAGCGCAAGAUUGCUCGUGUGCGCUUGAGUUCGGGCAAGGUCGUUACCACCAUCAUUCCCGGCGAGGGCCACAAUAUUCAGCAGCAUAGUGUGGUUCAGGUGCGUGGUGGCAGAGCUCAGGAUUGUCCUGGUGUCAAGUACCACUUGGUUCGUGGUGCGAUGGAUUUGGGUGGUGUUGGAAGCCGUGUUACCUCCCGCUCAAAGUACGGAACGAAGAAGCCCAAGGGUAACUAAGUCCAAUCAAACUGAAUUGGUUUGAUGAAGAGUGGAUGUAUUGAGGCCGGCG